AAGCCCGCAUAAAUCUCAAAUCUUAUUAGGUGACUCUUCUUGCUUUGGAGUUAUCAGCAAAAGAAACUAUGGCCCGCUCUCUUGAACCAUUGGUCGUCGGAAAAGUCAUCGGAGAAGUUCUCGAUAUGUACAAUCCGGUGACGGAGUUCACUGUGCAUUAUGGCUCUAAACAAAUCGCUAAUGGCUGUGAAAUUAAGCCGUCUGCUGCUGUCCAAAUGCCGAGUGUACAGAUUCUCGGUUCUCGGCUCGCUUCAAAUCUCUAUACUCUGGUUAUGGUUGAUCCUGAUGCCCCGAGUCCUAGUGAACCAAAAUGGAGAGAGUGGCUCCAUUGGAUUGUUGUCGAUAUUCCAGAAGGAUUCGACGCGACUAAAGGAAAUCAGGUGGUGCCGUACAUGGGGCCGCAGCCCCCGACCGGGAUUCACCGGUACGUGUUUGCUCUGUUUAAGCAGAGAGAUGGACUGACGGGGAGGAUUAGAGGACCAGACGGCCGGGGAAACUUUAACACCCGUCAAUUUGCUGCAGAGAAUGGACUGGGGCUGCCGGUUGCGGCUGUGUAUUUUAACUCUCAGAAAGAACCGGGAGUUAAAAAACGAUGAAAUUCUGUUAUGUAUAACAGUUUUGGAUGGAUGUCUGUUAGUUAAUACUUAAUACGUGGACAGCAGAGAUGGCAUCGGGAUUUGAUGUGGCAACCUUGUACUUGUUUGUAAUGUAACUACCUAUGUUAUCUUUUUUUUUCGUUAAAAAAAGAGUAAGUGGGUUAGGGUGACGUGUCUAUUUGUCUGAGGAUGGUGGGCAGUUUUUUUUUUUUUUUGGUUUCUUUUGGAUAUUGAGGCUUUUUGGUGCUUCAAUCUGAAUGAAAAUUUGGGCUUUUAGUGUGAACGUUUUGCUUUAUUUAACUCUACUGUCUGCUGAACUACUCCACUUAGCUAGCCAAGGUGGCCUAGCUCUUGAAUGGCUGGGUGCA